AUGGCAUUCCACUCCUAUUUCUUUUUCACUUUGUUAAUUUCUUGUAAUGUGAUUUCUCUCAUUGAUGCCAGCAAUAAUGGCAUCACAGUUGACCUCAUUCAUCGCGACUCUCCUCUUUCACCGUUCUACAACCCCAAUAUAACGCGAUUUGAGCGUCUAAGAAACAUGUUCCAUCGUUCAAUUGCACGUAAAGCAUCCCUCAAUCCAACCUCAAUUUCCACAACAGACUCAUUCCAAGCACCCCUAGAGCCCAGAGGAGGAGAAUACCUCAUGAGAAUCUCCAUUGGAACACCACCUGUCGAAAUCCUAGCCAUUGCCGACACAGGCAGUGACCUACUGUGGACAAAAUGCCUUCCUUGUAAGAAUUGCAAACAAAAUGCACCACUUUUUGAUCCCAGAAAAUCAUCCUCGUACAGGCAUCUGUCCUGUCGGCCUAAUAAACUACGGUAUGGUCCCGAAAUUGACACAUCUUGUGAAAAUAAUAAUUUACGAUAUAGUGUUACCUAUAGAGAUCAUACUUACAGUAAAGGUUAUUUAUCUGAGGAAACUAUUAGUCUUCAAUCGAAUUCUGGAAAAUCAGUGCCUUUUAAGGUCGCGUUUGGCUGUGGCACUGAUAAUCAUGAGAUUUCCGAAGAUGGAAUUAUUGGCCUCGGAGGUGGAGAUCUUUCACUUGUCAACCAAUCGUAUAAAUCCACUGAUGGAAAAUUCUCCUACUGUUUGACUCAAAUUGAUGAACCUUAUUCUCCAAGUAAGAUAAGCUUUGGUAGAAAAGCUUUGGUUUUAGGGCCAAACGUUGUGUCCACUCCCUUGAUAAAGACAUCUGAUGAUACUUUUUACUACUUAAAUUUGGAGGGUGUUACUGUUGGAACCAAUAGAUUAAACUACGGAAACACCUGCGUCCACGAUCAAGGCAACAUUAUUAUUGAUUCCGGGACGACGUUAACUUACUUCCCCGUGCAAUUUUAUCAGGAACUUGAAUCAGCGCUCGUAGAAGUUAUUAAAGGGAAACGUGUUAUGGAUCCACUAGGUUUAUGCGAGUUGUGCUAUCGAACCAAGCGCGAGGAUUUUGUUGCACCAAAAAUUGUGGUUCAUUUCACUGAUGCUGAUUUAGAGUUGUCAUCAACAAGCACAUUUCUUGACGGAGAAAAUGGGACGCUUUGUUUAACCAUGGUGCCAUCUAAUGAUUCAACCUAUAUCUUCGGGAACUUGAAUCAGAUAAAUCAACUCGUAGGAUAUGACCUUGUUAAUAACAAGGUUAGUUUCAAGCCAACUGAUUGUUCCAAGUUCCAUUGA